AUGGCGGCCGGGCAGGGGGGCGGCGGCGGCAACAACGGGAGCGGCGGCGGGAGCGGAGCGGCGGGGCUGGGCAUCCCCGCGCACCUCACCCUCUCCUUCUCGGCCGGGCCGCACUGGGGCGCGGCCGCUCUGCCGCAGCCGCACACGGUGCGCAGCCUGGAGCGGGCCCUGGAGGAGGCGGGCAGCUCGGGCAUCCUCUGCCUCAGCGGGAGGAAGCUGCGCGACUUCCCCGGCAGCGGCUGCGACCUGAGCGACACCACGCAAGCGGAUCUUUCAAAGAACAGAUUUACUGAAAUUCCUCCUGAUGUCUGGCUAUUUGCACCACUGGAAACUUUAAAUUUGUAUCACAACUGCAUCAAAUCCAUUCCAGAAUCUAUUAAAAACCUGCAAAUGCUCACCUACCUUAACAUUAGUCGAAAUCUUUUGUCGACGUUGCCAAAAUACCUGUUUGAUCUUCCACUGAAAGUUCUGGUUGUCAGUAAUAACAAGCUGGUCUCCAUUCCAGAGGAAAUUGGGAAGUUGAGAGAUCUGAUGGAGUUGGAUAUUAGCUGUAAUGAACUUCAGGUCCUUCCCCAGCAAAUAGGAAAAUUGCAGUCACUUAGAGAAUUGAACAUAAGAAGAAACAAUCUCCAUAUGCUGCCAGAUGAACUAGGGGACCUUCCCUUGGUAAAGCUGGAUUUUUCGUGUAAUAAAAUUACAGAAAUUCCAAUUUGUUACAGAAAGUUACGUCACUUACAAGUUAUACUUUUGGAUAACAAUCCAAUGCAGAUACCACCAGCACAGAUAUGUUUAAAGGGUAAAGUACAUAUAUUUAAAUUCCUCAGCAUCCAGGCGUGCCUCAGAAUAGACAAAAAACCAGAUUCUUUGGAUCUUCCAUCAUUAGGUAAACGAGUCCCCUCCCAGCCACUCACAGACAGCAUGGAGGACUUUUAUCCCAAUAAAAAUCAUGGACCAGACUCUGGCAUUGGAAGUGAUAAUGGAGAUAAAAGGUUGUCCACAACAGAACCAUCUGAUGAUGAUACAAUCAGCCUUCACUCCCAGGUAUCAGAAUCAACAAGGGAACAGACAUUAAGGAAUGACAAUCAUGUCAUGGGAAGCAAACUCGAUCCACAGAAAGACCAGGAGGCCUAUGACUACAUUGAUCCAAACGCAGAAGAGGGAGCUCUUCCUGAGCAGGGAGAUGCACAGAUUGGCACAUUGCUCUCCUAUGUCAAGGAACGGGGAAAACAUCCUGAGAAAUCCCAGAAAAUAGAACAGAAUGAGGACUGGGGAGAUGAAAAAAGGCUUCAGAAAGAACAGCUGCUGGCUGAAGAUGAUGAUGAACUCAAAGAAGUGACUGACUUGAGAAAAAUAGCAGCCCAGUUACUCCAGCAAGAACAAAAACACAGACGAAGGCCCUUAAGCUAUAGAACUUCAUUCAGUGAGAAACUCUUCCAGAGGACAAGGGCGGCAGGACGUGCAUCCAGGCUUCUUAAUCACUCAGUUUCAGUAAACACAAGGAACAGGCCAAAGCAACCAAUGGAAUCUGAAAAAUGUGUCUCAGCAAAUGAAGUGAAUUCCCCAGUGUCCCCGUACAGCUGGCAGCCACUGGAAAACCAGAAGGAUUCAGUGAAUGAACAGCAUUGGCCAGAAACACAGCCAGUGAUCUGGCAGAAUGAAGAAAGAAGGAGAAGUAAACAAAUUAGAAAAGAAUAUUUCAAGUAUAAGUCUUCCAGAAAGAGUUCAAGUGGAAAUGAAAAUGAUGAGCAAGACAGUGAUAAUACUAAUGUGUCCCCACAGUCUCCUGUGUCGUCUGAGGAUUAUGAAAGGACAGAUAGUAACACUCAUGGUCCAUUUGGUCUCAAACCAAGGUCAGCUUUCAGCCGUGCCUCACGCCAGGACUAUGGAGCCGUGGAUCCUGGAUUUACAAUGAGGAGGAAAAUGGAACAUUUGAGGGAAGAGAGGGAACAAAUCAGACAGCUUCGCAAUAACCUUGAGUCAAGGUUGAAGGUGAUUUUGCCAGAUGACAUUGGAGCAGCGUUGAUGGAUGGGGUGGUUCUUUGCCAUUUAGCCAAUCACAUAAGGCCACGAUCUGUUGCCAGCAUUCACGUCCCAUCACCAGCAGUGCCUAAGCUCAGUAUGGCAAAGUGCCGAAGAAAUGUUGAAAACUUUCUCGAUGCUUGUAAAAAACUGGGCGUUCCACAGGAGAGACUUUGCCUGCCUCAUCACAUUCUGGAGGAAAGGGGUCUGGUGAAGGUUGGCCUCACAGUUCAAGCUCUGCUUGAGUUGCCAGCACUGAAAGUAUCUCAGCUCUCCUCUGUGUGACGUGACUUCUUGGAAGCUCGACAACUUCCCGUUUGCUCUGUUGCUAUGGAUUGCUCUGAGGCAGUUCAGCCUCCUAUGUGGGAACACCCAAGCCAUCAAAAACUAAUAUCUGUCCAGAUGCUGUAGAGAGCCUUACUCUGGAGCUGUAUGUGAAAACCUUGGAGUCAGUUCGCAGUUGAAAGACCAUAAUUAAUCUUUUUUUUUUUUCCUAAUUGGAUGUACAAAGAGAUUGUGGUAGCACCAGGUUCUCUUUCUAGUUAAGUUAAAAGCUGCCAUUUGACAUCUCAGUGUUACAGUUAAAUACUGGAUUCCUGUUUUUACAUCGCAAAUGUUUGAAUUAUUUGAGAAGUACAAAGCACACCCCCCGUCACUUUAAUCUCUCGAGUCAAUCAUUUGAUUUAAAGGUAAGACAAAAAUGUAGCGAUGGUGUGAUGGUAAAAAUGAGCAACUGAUCACUUGUAAUCCCCUUUCACUCUCUGAAAGCUUAAUAUUUGCGUUCUUUAUUUUUUGCACUCCUGAUUGUAACUUACGCACUUCUAACAUUGCCAGUAUUGAGUCUGAGUGUCUGGUGAUUACACAAAGCAGUAGACAAUGGGAAAAGGACACGUUUCAUUGAGUUUUUCCAGUCUUCUAGGUUGGUGCCAAAUAUUUUUUUUUCAGUUGUACUGUAGAUUGUUUACAUGUGAAGUGCCUGUGUAAUUGAUAAUUCUUAAUAGUCUUAAACAUUUUUGAAAUUUCCUUGUUUAAAAUAGAUGAAAUGGAAAUUUUUUAAUAUUUUAAUAGUUUUUUUGUAAAAUCAGUAUGUGAAGAUUGAAGUAAUACUUCACAUUUUUGAUGUUGGGUGUUUUAAGUUUGUUGCACAAUUUACUUGGUUAUUUGUUGUCUAAUAAUUAGAAAAUACUGUAAAUACUUUUUAUUUAUGAUAUUUAAUUUGAUAAUACCUAAUUACUUUUGGUUUAACGUAUUGUUGGACAAAAAAAAAAAAGCUGUCUACUUUUCUUUGUUUGGG